UCGACGAUUUCCCGCCCAAGCAUUCCCAGCACGGGACACUCACUACAAUUAACAGCCCCCAGUCAAUCGGAGGAUCAUCGCCGACUUCCUGGUCAAAGCUCGGCGUUCUUUCCUAGUACGGGCAUUCAACACGAUUCACUACCUUCAUCGUCGAGCGAGUCUUCGAUCAUUGUCGCCGAGCUUUUCGUCGCCGAGCUCUUUGUUGUUGAGCCAUUUAUUCUGUUCCCGCACGUAUCCCUUGACUGCUGCAACCGCCAACAAUGGCUUCGGAGCAUGCCAACAACGCCAGCCCAGCAGGAGCUGAGGCUUCAACCUUUACACUCUCGAUCAUCUCGCCAUCUUCUGGCGUUCCACCUGGACUAGCAUUCUCCGACCUGCCUCUGAACACCACCGUGAUGCAAUUGAAAGAGAGGAUUCGGGACAGCUUGGAGACAAAGCCGUCCCACCAGGUACAGCGCUUGAUUCAUAGAGGACGCUUGUUGUCUCGAGACAACGAAACCAUGCUGGAGGUAUUUGGCGAACAGACUCUUCGUUCCCCAGAUGGCAAAAUGCUCCAUCUCGUGCUCCGCGAGCUAUCCGACAGCAACCACGCAAACAUUCCCGCACCACCUGUGAGUCAAGCUGCGGCGCCAAGUCAGAGUAUAUUGGGAGCUAGAUUCAACCCUCAACCACCACAACUGCCUCAGCUCGCACCUGGUCAUAUCCACAGCCAACAUCUCUUUCAUGCGCAACCUCAGGGGCCUCAAGGGCGCCCUGUUGCAACUUGGCCUAAUGCCUCUUUCGGCCCACAGCCACCUGUUGUGGGCAUGACUGCAAACGGAUCGCCUGUCAAUGUUCCACUUGGCCUGAAUCCCCAGCAGCUUGCCCAUCAGCAACGCCAGUGGGCAGCAGCGCAGAUGGAGCACCAUAAUCGACUCCAGGAGCUCAUCAAUCACAACCAAAGGGAGAGGGCUGCCAUGGGACUCAAUGGAGCACAGGAUAGCCAUGCACCGACUCCGCAUGGUGUGGCGGGCAGUCACACUCCAGGAAGAACAGUAUCGCCUUUUCAGCCAGACGCCACUAGAACUGUCGUUCGCGAAGGAGUGGGACCUAAUGGCCAACAAUGGCGCAUCACCGUGAACGAAACCGUAUCCACCCCACAAGGAUUCCAUAGAAAUUCGCGAACCGGAUCCCCAUUCUCAGCCGUCAAUGUGCAGAACCCUUGGAGUCCACCACACGGCACUCCACCACCUCGGUCUGUUCCUUCUGGAGGACAACUUUCCGGUGCUGACGUACAAAACAUGCUAAGAAAUGCUGAUGCCAAUCAAGCAGCGACCAGAGUAAUGGCCGAUGCUAUGCGACGCAAUACAAGUACUUCUUCCUUGACGAAUCUGUCAAAUAAUCCGGCACAUCAGCCAAUACCACCUGGCGUCACAACACCUAUGGUUCCAUCGCGGACAGGCAGUGCCACUGGCACGCCAGAUCCCCUGAGAGCAGCUAGCCAGAGCAGCAAUCCGCCGACGAGUCAUCCGCAGGCUCAACCCACAUCAGGAACCCCUGAAGUCUACAUCCUGUCCUCGCCCGAAGGACCACGAGCCCUCUUGGUGCACGGUAAUCUUGGUACAUAUUAUACACCUCCGAAUCCUCCGACUGCCAGAUACCCGGUUCUGCAACGUCCGUUCCCAUUUGGAGCACAGUUCAAUAUGCCAUUGCCUCCGUUUCAACCACAGCCUGUUCAACCGCAGCAUAGAUCUCCCGUAGGAGACAUGUGGGCGGCGCCGCCACCGACUGCCAACGCUGCGCAGCAGAAUCAGGCACAGGCGCAAGCGCCAGGUCCCCAAGGUUUACCUCCGCUACCUCCCGCCCAACUACAGCAUGGGCACGCUAUUGCCCAGCACGGCAACCCACAUGUGCGGGCCAUUGCACUGGCCCAGAUCUGGCCGCAUAUUUGGAUGGUGAUGAGGCUUACACUCUUCAUAUGGUGGUUCACGUCGCCCAACUCUAGCUGGUCACGUUGGUUUACAGUCAUAUCCAUUGCGGUGACGCUGUUCCUUUUUAACGCAGGAGCCCUCACCCCAAUCGCGGAGCAUGUCUGGAACCCCAUACGAAGACAUCUCGAGCAUCUGAUGCCAUUGGCUGAUAAUCACGGCCGCAAUGCUCCACCGGCUCGAGCCGAGAAUGCCCGAGAUGCCAAUGGAAACCAGCAGCCUCCACGUCCAGAAACAAUUGCCGACAGACUGGUGCAGCAGAGACGGCAGGCGAACGCAAAUUGGCUGAUGACACAGGCCAGGCGCCUCGAACGAGCCGGGAUUCUAUUUUUGGCUAGUAUCGCACCCGGUGUCGCGGAGAGGCAUAUUGCACAGUUGGAGGCUGAAGCGAGGGCCGAACGACAACGACUUGAAGCGGCUGAAGCUGAGGCUGCUGCGGCGGAAGAGGCUGCGAGAGCACACGCGGAGAAUGGGGAGGCUGCUGAAGGCGCGACUGCACAGGAGGGCACUAAUGCGGCGCCUCCAGGUACGGAGUCGAGCAACGAGACGAGGCCUGCUGAACGGGAGGGUGGUGGUAACACGAGACCACAGGACGCGGAAGAGCCACUUAUUGCUGUGUGAAGAGGGAACUCAGAAAUAAAACAGAAAUAAACCAAGGACAAAGGAAGAAGGAAAACACUACAGUUUU